AUGAGUGAUGGAGAAGGUGAUAAUGACAUUCUCAAUCUAAGCUCUAUGGAAAGAGCUAAAGAUGAUGAGAGUGACAACAGUGGUUCUAUGUCUUGUGAUGAUGAGCAUGUUGGUCGAAGGAUAAAGAGAUUCCAAAGGCACACUACUCAACAGACUCAAGAACUCGAAACUUUCUUCAAAGAGUGUACUCCUCGUCCUAAUAAGAAUCAAAGGUCCGAACUUGCUCAAAGGGUGAAUUUGGAGGAUAGGCAAAUCAAGUAUUGGUUUCAGAACAGGAGAACCCAAGAGAGGAUGCACCGGGACAGCCAUGACAAUGUAACUCUCAGACAAGAGCAUGAGAGAUUGCUACGAGAUCAAGAACAGCUCAAAGAAGCAAGAGAAGCAAGAGUGCGUAAUCUGUGCAACAUUUGUAAUAUGCCAACUUAUUUCUGUGAGAUUGGCAUUGAGGUGCAACAGCUUAAGGUUGAGAAUGCUAAACUGAAGCAGGAGAUAGACCAGCUUAACAGAAUCCUUUGCGGGCCUAUUCAAUUGCCGGCCGGUCCAUCCGCGGUGCAACCUUCUUCUUCCUCAAUGAUCUCUAAUGCACCACUAGAACUUGACUCGGGUGGUGGAAGUUCGAUGAUGAACCUGACAUCAAAGCUAUUGGAUCUUGCUAAAGCGGCUAUGAAAGAGUUGGUUAUGUUGGGACAAUCGGACAGUCCGUUCUGGAGAAUAAAUCCAGGCUCUAAUAGAGAAACAUUGAACUAUGAGGAGUAUAAAAGUGUUUUCAACAAUGGCAUAAAACCUCCCGGGUGUGUUAUUGAGUCAUCUAGAGACACGGGUUCAGUUCUCAUGACUAGUUUGGCUCUUGUCAAAACUCUUAUGGACUUGAACAAAUGGGUUGAUGUGUUUGCACCUAUUGUUCAUGUGGCAACCAGCCGUAAAGUGAUAUCUACCGGUCCUAGUGGAGCAAGAAAUGACUCACUUCAACUGAUUAAAGCAGAAUUUAUUGUCCCUUCUCCAUUGGUACCAAAGAGAGAAGUAAAAUUUCUUAGAUAUUGCAAGCUACUCCAAAAAGGCGUAUGGGUGGUGGUUGACGUUACUCCUACUAACCGAAAUCGGAAUUUGCUGUCUUAUGGUGGUUCUGCACGCCUACCUUCAGGCCUUAUCAUAAAGGACAUGGGCAAUGAUUACUCCAUGGUUACUUCUGAAUCCUAUUUUAAUCCAAUUUCGUGGUUUACAUUUGGUUGCAUGGUUACAUGGAUUGAGCAAAUGGCAUAUGAUGAGAGUCACAUCCACCAACUCUACCAGCCUUUGAUUGGCUCUGGGAUCGGGCUAGGCGCAAAGAGGUGGCUUAAAACGCUGCAGAGACACUGCCAAAUCCUCUCGACCUUGUGGAAUCUUAACAUGACUCAAGGCUUUUCAGGAAUGUCUGCGAAGGGUAGAGCUGAAAUAGUGAAGCUCGCGCAACGUAUGACUCUUAACUACCAUUUAGGUAUUAGUGACUCUUCAGUGAGCAAGUGGGAGAGUAUUCAAGUGGAAAAUGAGAGACAAAACAUGAGAUUAGUGAUCCGAAAGAAGGUGAAUGAGCCCGGUGAGCUGACUGGGGUUGUGCUGAGUGCAGCCACUUCUGUUCGGUUUCCAGUUAGCCAACAGAAAAUGUUUCAUUUCCUCAGCAACCAAAACUUCAGAAACCAAUGGGAUAUCUUGGCCCAUGAUACUUCCAUGGAAGAAAAAGACCGUAUUCAAAUAGCAAAUCGCCAUGGAAACUACGUUUCUCUUCUUCAAAUUGUUGAGAAUGGUAUGCUAGUUCUGCAAGAGAUAUGGAAUGAUACGUCAGGUGCAUUGGUGGUUUACGCACCAGUGGAUGACAAUUCAAUGGAGGAGGUAAUGAUGGGUGGAGAUUCAGAUUUCGUGCACCUUCUUCCUUCAGGAUUUUCGAUAUUGCCCGAUAGAGAGACUGGAUCAGAUAGAGGAAAAGACAAAACUAGUGGAGCAUGUCUCUUGACACUCGGAUUCCAGUUCUUGGUUAGCAGUAAACCAACAUCAGAAGUCACUCAAAGUUUUGUCAAAAUGGUCGAGGGACUCUUGGAUUGCACUAUUGGUAAUAUCAAAUCCGGUUUACAGAGAGAAACAUAG